UCAGUCUUCAGUCAGACAGCAGUGAGAGAGGAUCAUGCGGCGGACAAACUUUUUUUCCCCUCAACUCCACUGGCUGCUAUCAUCAUCAUCAUCAUCAUCAUCAUCAUCAUCAUCAUCAUCAUCAUCAUCAUCAUCUUCAUCAUCUUCAUCACCACCACCCUGUAGAUCCAUCCCAGCCCACCUGAGGAACAAUGAACACCAGCACCGCCUCCCCGCAGGUGAGCGACUACACCUGCGUGCGCUUCUACGUGUCCACCGCGUCCUUCUCGGUGCUGCUCUUCUUCAACCUCGUCAUCAACUGGACCAUAGUCCGGGUCAAGCGGCUCCGGAGCCACGCCCGGUUCGUGCUGGUCUUCCACCUGCUGGUGUCUGCUCUGGUCCACCUGGGGACCAGCAGCAUCUUCUACUACCAGAUACACCUGGACGCCCGGCCGGUGCGCUCCACCUGCCUGGCCAUGAUCUCCAUCCUCAUCAGCAGUGCGUCCAACAUCCUCCUGACCCUCACGGCCAUGGCUCUGGACCGGUUCUGUGCAGUGUGCCACCCUAUGCGGUACUCCUCAGCCUGCACCUGUGGACGCUGGCCCUGGCUCCUGGGUGUGCUCACCUGGCUGGUAUCUCUGGUGAUCCCUCUCAGUCUGCUCCUGCACCCGGACUCCCAGACCCAAUGGACCGGGUACACCGGGGUGUGCGGCCGGGAGCAGCUGAGGAAAGGUCAGCUGCAGAAGGUUCUGUUCAUAGGUGUGUGCACGGUGCUCAUACUGUACAGCUAUGUGAGGAUACUGGUGGAGGGGAGGAAGCUGGGGGUGAUGAACAGGAGGAACCGAGCCGGGUGCAGAACCAUCGCACUGCACGGUACCCAGCUGGCGGUCUACAUCUUACCCAACUUUGUGAGCUUUGUUCUGACGGUUCUGGUGGACCGGAGGCUGAUCCAGCCGGAGACCAAGGAGCUGUCGGCCGUGGUGGUGUUCGCUUUCUUCAGCUUGGCGCAGUGCGUUGCGCCGGUGGUUUACGGUUUGCGUAAAGAGGAACUUCUGGAGCAGUUGGGUCACAGGUUCCCUUGUUGUUCCAGAUACCUGAAGAGCUUCCUGGGCUGGACUGUGAGGACCAGCUGGCCACACACACAACACACACCACGGUACGUCCACCACAUGAGUCUCUACCUGGAACCAAGAGAGAGAACACUGACGGCACAGACGAUCAUCUCCAUACAGGUCUCGCAAGUCCCAGAGGAGGAGGAAACAAGGCCGAUGUCUGUCAGGAGUUCCUCACAUGACUUGGACUCAUGUCAAGACAGCACAGACAAUGCCUGACGGGGAAAACGUAGUAUCAGGAUCCUGAAUGCAACAGGAACAUCUGGAUGAGUGGCUCAGCUCAGACCGGAGAGGAAGUAAAGCAAACACGUUGGAAUCAAUAAUCCUGUAAGGUUUCUUCCUGAACCAAAAAAGGCUAAGACCGGGUUUUCCCAUCAUUGUCACAGCACCACAAGACAUCAGCCCGUUGCUCUAUUUUUGAUCUUCUAUCAGUGGAGCACACAUGCUGAUUCACGUCGGAGCUGCUCAGAGGCCAACAGCAGAAGACGGGAUGGUUUCAGAAGAAGUGGGAAGUUUUCUUAUUGUACAUUUUCCUGGCUGGUCCAAGGAUUUAAGCAUCAGGUCUUCAGGUCUCUGACCUUUAAGGCCACAGACAGCUCUCCAUCAUUUUGGAUUAAAAUGACUGGGAUAUACUUAAACAUAUCGUCUGGCGAAAGUUGUUUCAACUUGUUCUUAACCUUGUGGAUUCAAAAAAAUGUCGGAAUAUUGUCGGAAUAUUUCCAGCAGCAGCCUUAAAACCAAGAGAGGGGAGGUCACACGUGCUUCCCUUUCUCUAAUUCGCCGAGAAUUAGACGAGAAGACAGAUACCUCUCUCUAAUAUCUUUCAGUGGGGACGGAUGGACAGCAUGUGAUAAAGUAAUAAACAGAAUGGUGAGAAAAAAAUGCCCAAUGUUUUGGUGGUAAUUAAAUAUUUCAGGGGUAAAUAAAUGAUGACACCUUUCUCUCCUCCACAGGAUAUAA